AUGCGGAUGCGUUUUGGCGGACGCCCACGACGACGAUGUGAGCGCAUUGACACCAGCCAACUGACAAAGCCAGCUGUUCUGAAUGCGCACCGAAGUACGCUGACAUGCGAGUUGAGUAACCGCUCACUGGAGACAAUUGAUGGUCACUGGUCACAUGUUCGCCAGACCUUACUAGCAGCAGGCAAAUCCUCAUGUGGUAUGUCUAAUAGCCAACAUGGACAUUGGGUCUCUUCUCGGUCUCUGGAACUUAUCGACGCUCGCCGGCAUAUCCCGGCUGGAAGUGAACACAAUGAAACUCGCAAAGAGCUCCGGGCAAAACUCCGUGCUAGCCUGAAGAGAGACCGCGAAUCCUGGUGGUCUCGCCGUGCAACAGAGAUGGAGAUGGCCGCUGUCCUUGGUAACCAUCGUAAGUUAUUCCGUCUGAUACGGGAAACGGGCAGCAGGAGACCUGGUGUUAGUGAAACAAUUUGUGACCCCUAA